AUGACGCUGGGUGUCGAUGAGGAGGAAGAGUAUAACAGCUCUGCUCGAAUGGCAUUGGCUUUCCUGGACAGGUUUGAGCGCUAUGAUAGUCAGGAGCUGCUAUUUCAGUUUAUUACACACUGGUUCAUUGGAUCUGAAGUGGAACAACCGAGCGAAGGAUCUACUCAUAUCAGCACCACCGACAUGCCUCUCGCUGACAACCUGGCCGUGAUUCUCUUCCCCAUGAAGUGCGAUAUCGCUCCGUUUUGUUACAGGGAAGUGCACAGUAUUAUCAGAGAGCUGACAGUGGGGAUGUUUGUUCUCAAACAAACACCUUUCAUCACUCUGGAUGCCAACUAUGAUAAGUCCACCACAUGCAGCAUGCCACCUGCUUACAUGGACACACUGAUUGGCCAGCUGCUGACCAAUGUGGACUACAUGAUGAAGGGCCUAUGGCACGGGGCUUACAUUCCAAAAGAGAAGCGCUUGAAAUUCACCGAGCGAUGGAGGAUGCACUUGGAUGUCAACAUGCAGGGCAAGCCCGAAACAAGGAAACCUUUAGUUUCAGAAUUUGUGUCAUCCGGUUUAAUAGAUAUAACCAAAGACCCAGAUUAUGCCCGGGUGUAUGACGAUCUGCCAGUGGAUAUCCCGAAUGAUGAAGAGAUGGCACAGGAGCGGGAGUUCUUUAUGAGUCACAUAGAUAACCUGAGUAUGCAGAUGACACUGUUCCAGGAACAUAUGGAGAACUAUAAGAACCUCUAUCUUGUCAAUUCCAGAUACAACAUCUCCAGCAUAAUCAGGCUGAUAGACACACAGAUAGAUAGUGUUGGGUAUGAGAGACUGAAGACACGGAUGCAGAUGCACCAGGAUGUCAUAGAG